AUGACGAAGCUUCGUGAACUGAUACACCAAGAGCGGUUUUAUGUGGAUACGAUGACCAACAUGAAGCAGUUUAUGGAACGGUUUGACGCCGAUCGGGAUAAGCACCAACUGGAGGGAUGGAAGCAACGGAUAGAAACGGUUUACAAGGAAUUCCAGAUUAACCGCCUGAGCCUUGAACUGCUGUUCGAGGAUACGAAUGAGGAAACCUCAGUCGAAGAACAACGGGAUGCGGAGAAGUCCAAUCGUGUCGUACGACAGAAAUUUGAACACGAUUACAUUUGCGCCUACAGUUUCCUCACCACUAAAAUUCGAGAGUUAACUGCCCUUCCUCGGUCUUCCACUCAAACCGUUGCAGCAGCGGGUGCUCCAAACCCCCCUCAGUCACGAAUCAAACUCCCUGAAGUGAAGCUUCCCACUUUUGAUGGAUCCAUUUCCGAAUGGAUUACGUUCAGAGACACAUACAAAUCUCUGAUUGACUCGAACACGCAAUUAUCGCAAAUUGAUAAAUUUUCGUACCUCGUAGCAUCGCUUACCAAAGAUGCUAGGAAGGUAAUAGAAUCGAUUGAGCUUACUGAAGCAAACUAUGCUGUUGCGUGGCAGCUUCUGGAGAAACGAUUCGACAACAAAAAGUUGGUCGUUAAAACUUACAUCGAUUCGAUCUUCUCCAUCGAACCGAUGAAAAGGGAAUGCUACGAAUCCCUUAUGCGUCUCAUUGACGAUUUUGAGCGCAACUUAUGCCUAAUCAACAAAUUGGCCAUCCAAACAGAUAACUGGAGUGUGCUUCUUGCUCACAUGGUCUGCAGCCGUCUCGAUCCGUUCACCCUCAGGCAAUGGGAAGCCCACCACAAGUCUACCGAAGUUCCUCAAUACAAGGAUCUCAUCGAAUUCCUGCGUACGCAUCUGAUGGUUCUACAGUCGUUGGUGCCUUCGAAAUCUCGUUCGUCCGAUUCUCCCAAAUCGGAACCAAACCGACCGUCGAAAUUCUCGAAAAUCAAUACAGUCCACACCGUAACAAAUUCGACGCCUGGUUCCUGCCCGUUCUGUCCGAAGAAUCCACACUCACCAUUCAAAUGCGAUACGUUCCUGAAGAUGGCCGUGUCCCAACGCUUUGACCAAGUGAAGAAAAAGAACCUGUGUAUAAACUGCCUCUCCUCCUCGCACCUUCUCAGAGGUUGCUCGUCCAGCGGAUGUCGAGUCUGCAACCAGAAGCACCAUACUAUGCUCCACCAACCUCCUAGCGAUCGCUCGUCCUCCCAACAGAAAGCAAACACACCCUCUGUUGAAGGCUUGAGUUCGCAAUCGGCGAAUCAGCCACACUCCUCGAAUCAGUCUUCCUCGCCAGCUCGGUCCUCCUCGUCGUCUGAAACCCAACCACCAGCCGCCUCUGCCCCAGUUUCCAGUCUUGUUUCCACCACUCUCGUCGGUAGUAGUCGAAGAGUUCCUGCUACAGUUCUGCUGCAAACCGCCAUCAUCAAGGUUUUCGGCUCCGAUGGAAACACUCUAUGGGCCAGAGCACUGUUGGAUCCUGCAUCACAGCUAUCGUUGAUCACCGAGAGCAUGGUUCAGAAGCUGAAACUGCAACGCUUCCCCAGUCGACAGGAGAUCGGUGGGGUAGGAAACACACUUGUCGUCUCGUACCACGCUGUGGAUGUUCGCUUAGGGUCACACUGCACCGAGUACGCGGUCGUAGAACCCUGUCAUAUCUUGAAGAAAAUCACUCGUGAACUCCCAGCCAAUGCAGUUGACUCCUCCCAGUGGAAGAUCCCGCCUGGUAUUACCCUAGCGGACCCGAAGUUCCACGAACCUGGUGCGAUAGAUUUGCUGCUGGGGAUGGAACUUUACUACGAAUUGCUUCUGGAGGGAUUCAUAAAACUUGGCCCCGAACAACCGGUUCUUCAAAACACCGUGUUUGGCUGGGUAGCUGCAGGAAGGGUAGGAAUCCAGCCUCAUCGAAACCAGCGGAAGGUUGCACAUGUUUGCAGCACGGGGGAUGCCGAAGACUCGAUCUCUCGUUUCUGGGAACUGGAAUCUUGCUGGUCACCCAGCACUAAAUCGCCGGAAGAAACUUCCUGCGAAGAACACUUUGUAGCCACCACAUUUCGUGACGAAUCAGGCCGAUUCGUAGUUACUCUUCCAAAGCGCUCUGAUGUUCUGGCUCAGCUCGGCCGCUCCAAGGAAAUAGCUGUUCGUAGAUUCCACGCCCUCGAACGUCGCCUCGAUUCCAACCCAAAUCUUAAGGAGGCCUAUUCUGCCUUCAUUUCGGAGUAUCUACAACUCAACCAUAUGCGGGAAAUUGAAGACACCGAUGACUGUUCCCUAUCCUACUACCUUCCGCAUCAUGGUGUGGAAAAGUUAGACAGUACGACUACCAAAUUAAGGGUAGUCUUCGAUGCCUCCUGCCGGACGGACUCUGGCGUGUCGUUGAACCAAGCGCUGAUGGUGGGACCUGUCGUACAAGACGAUUUGUACGCAAUUUCGCUUCGCUUCCGAAUGCGUCAACACGCCAUCGUUGCCGAUGCGGAAAAAAUGUAUCGGCAGAUUCGUCUGCAUCCAUCCGAUUACCCGUUGCACCGUAUUCUUUGGCGGAGGUCCUCCUUGGAGCCUCUCAAAACGUUCGAGCUCACCACCGUUACCUAUGGUACGGCUUCGGCGCCGUACUUGGCCACCAGGUGCCUCCUCGAGUUGUCCAAGCAAGGAGCAAACGAUUUCCCUCGAGCUGCGGAGGUUUUGGCCGAGGACUUCUAUAUCGACGACAUGCUUACAAGUGUCGACGACGAAAGCGAUGGAGCAGAACUCUGCAUCCAACUUCGGAAGCUAUUACACUCUGGUGGCUUCAGUUUGCGAAAAUGGGCAUCCAACUCCGAAGCCAUUUUGUCGGUCAUUCCGCCGGAAUUACGAGAUGAACGUUCGAUGCUGUGCUUGGAGACACCGUCAACCAUCAAAACUCUAGGACUGAUCUGGGAACCAUCCACGGAUCUGCUCCACUAUUCCGUUCCAAAAUGGUCACAAACGGACGGUAUUACGAGGCGUACCGUGUUAUCGGACACGGCAAAACUCUUCGACCCUCUAGGGUUGAUUGGUCCUGUGGUGGUCAUGGCGAAAAUCUUCGUGCAAUCUCUCUGGCGAACUUCGAGCUCUUGGGACGAUCCUCUCAACGACAGCCAACAGGAGUACUGGCUGGCAUUCCGCAGCAGUCUGGAAGCGCUGUCUUCAAUUUCCAUUCCUCGUUGGGCAGCAUUCGCCAACGCUCCGGUGAACGUGGAACUGCAUGGUUUCUGCGAUGCGUCGAUCCGUACCUACGGUGCGUGCCUCUACAUCAGAACCGUCUCCAGUGACGGUAGCAUCUCUGUUCGCCUCUUGACUGCCAAAUCAAAGGUUGCCCCGCUCGGAGAUUCGAAAAGGCAGAAAAAGGUCAGCCUACCACGUCUGGAACUAUCAGCGGCUCUACUCUUGGGCCACAUUUACCACAAGGUCAACACUAGCAUCUCUCUGAACACUCGACCAUUCUUCUGGUCGGAUUCCACGAUAACGCUCCACUGGAUAAACUCGGUUCCUUCAAGAUGGAAAACUUUUGUUGCGAAUCGGGUUUCCGAAGUUCAACACCUGACUGCUGCUGGUGUAUGGGCUCAUGUUUCGGGCAUGGAAAACACCGCGGAUAUAAUCUCCCGUGGGAUGGAACCGAGCCAGCUAGAGAAUUCGAAUUGGUGGACCGGACCUUCAUGGUUGAAGCAGCCGUCACGUUUCUGGCCUCCUGUAAUCCAUGCUGACCCGCCGGAGAUUCCCGCCGAAGCUCUAGAGGAACGAUCAGUAUCGCUACCCAUCCGGGUCCAGGAACCAAACAAAAUCUUUCGCUUGCGUUCAUCCUUCGUUUCGAUAGUUCGGCUCAUAGCUUUGAUCCAACGUUUCGUGCACAACAUCAAGCCAGCAAACCGUGCGAACCGUAAAUCUGGAUUUCUACAGACUACCGAACUGAAUCAGUCUAUUUCGACUUUGGUGCGACUAGCGCAAUCCGAAGCGUUCCCGAAUGACGUUGCUGCGCUAAGUUCCGGGGGUCAGGUGAAACCGAACUCCCCAUUGAAAAAUCUGCACCCUGUUUUGAAGGAUGGCAUUCUGCGCGUCGGUGGACGUCUUACUAACGCUCCGAUCCCGGAGGACAGAAAGCACCCGAUGAUCCUUCCCGCGCGGCAUCGGCUCACUGACAGCAUUUUGCUGCACUACCACCUCAAACACCUACACGCCGGGCCACAAUUGCUGGUAGCAUGCGUCCGGGAGAAAUUCUGGCCACUGCGCAUCCGUAACUUGGCACGGAGCGUGGUCCACUCUUGCGUCAACUGUUUCCGCUGCAAGCCUACAGUCCUGGAGCAACUGAUGGGAGAUUUGCCUCCAGAAAGAGUCACGCCAACCUUGCCUUUUCUCAACACUGGCGUUGAUCUUUGUGGACCGUUUCAAUACCGGAAAGUCCGCAAAUCCCUACCUACGAAGUGCUACAUAGCCAUCUUUGUAUGCCUCGCAACCAAGGCCAUCCACGUAGAAAUGGUCUACGAUCUUUCAACAGCCGCCUUCAUUGCGGCACUACAUCGCUUCGUCGCUCGCAGGGGUAAGCCCAACACUAUCCAUUGCGACAACGCCCAAAACUUCAAGGGAGCUGCUCGAGAAUUGGCUGAACUGGCCAAGCAAUUUCGGUCGCAGCAGCAUCAGGCGGCGGUUGUGAACAACUGCGCAAACGAUGGAAUCCUCUUCAAAUUCAUCCCUCCCCGCAGUCCAAACUUCGGUGGGCUGUGGGAGGCAGCGAUGAAAUCAUUCAAGCAGCAUUUCCGUGCGACCGUAGGCAAUUCCGUUCUGUCGCAGGACGAGUUCGUUACGCUGCUAGCCCGCAUAGAAGCAUGCUUGAACUCCAGACCGCUCACCCCAAUCUCAACAGACCCGAACGACCUGGAAGUGUUGACUCCGGGUCAUUUCUUAGUCCACCGUUCCCUGACGUCCUUCCCUGAGCCUGAGCUAUCGGAAGUCCCUCGGAAUCGCCUCGAUCGUUGGCAGGAGAAUCAAGAACUCCUUCGACGAGUAUGGAAGCGCUGGUCUACGGACUACUUGUCCGGACUGCACCCGCGCACAAAGUGGACUCAGCUCCGGAACAACAUCGAGUUGGGGACAAUGGUGCUCCUUAAGGAUGACAACCUCCCUCCACUAAAGUGGAGAUACGGCAGAAUCACCCGCAUCAUCCGAGGACCCGACAGCAAUAUCAGAGUGGUCGACGAACAACCGGUGGGAUCGCUCAAGAUCUCGAUGACCACUGAACUCAACGAUCGCGGUAUUUCGAUACUGCGCAACGAUCGGAGGCCUGCGGGCCUCCGAGCCCUCGUCAUCGCCGGAUCGAAGAUCGGACCAACCACCAGUCGUCUUUCGUCGGAGAGGGUGCGGAACCGACGACCUCCGGAGCGAAUAAUGACCGCCAUCAUCCGAAUAAUAACAUCCAUUAUGGUUGCGCAGAGGCGCUGCGCUGCGGCCCUGUGCGAGGGCGAGGGAAGGGCCCCAUCGAGCGCGAUCGAUGAUCGAAGCAACCCGAGCGAGCCCCCGACGACGAAGUUUGCUGCCCGAGAAGUCGUUUAA